GACGCCAUUAACGGCGUUGGACGGCAGCUAACGGAGAGUGACCAUAAAUGAACGGGUUUUGUAAAGUUAGUGACCAAAAAUGGAUUUAAAUAUUUCGAGUGACCAAACAUGAACGCUUUUUGUAAUGUCAGUGACCAACCAUGCAAUUAACCCGAUAAAUGUAAAACAAACCAUCAUCUGACGGCGCCGUUUCACUGGAUCUGCCCGACAGCCGAUUUAUAGUAGCGUGCGCGUGUCUUGCAGUCGCUGGACACGUAUGAAUGAAAGCUACGCGGGUGUAGUAGUUUUGUCUCUUAUCUUCUGAUUCUUCACCUAAAUCAAAAGAAAAGGGAUUAGGGUUCCAAGCUCCGCUCCACGAUUGAGAAUAGUAAGAAUCGCUAUUGUUCUUCCUUCGUCUCUAUAGAUGAAUCCUGAGCUUUUGUCUUCGUUUUUUUUCCCCCGCGGUGAUACAAUCGCCCUUUUGGUGUUUGCAGGUAAUCGCCUCGCUAUCGAAAUCGCCGUGGAAUUCAGGUGAUCGCCGAUCUCGCUUGGUAAUUGUAUGUCGUCUUAAUCAUAGAUAGCGAAUAAAUCCUAGGUUUCGAGAACGGAACUGCUUGGGUCGUAUGUGGUUUCAUGAAUAACGAUCAUCCGUUCAACAGUGUAGAAUUCAAUCCUGGGGACUUUUUGCGGUUAUGGUGUUGAUUUCUGAGAAUAUGUGAAGGGAUCAGCGAAUGAGGGAGGAGAGCGAGAAUAUGAUAUGAUCGUAGAUAGCGAAUAAGCCCUAGGUUUCGAGAACAGUACUGCUUGGGCUUAUCUAGUUUAAUGAAUAAUGAUCAUCCGUUCAGUAGUGUAGAAUUCAUUCCUGGGGACUUUUUGCGGUUAUGGUGUUGAUUUAUGAGAAAUCUGUGAAGGGAUCGGUGAAUUAAAAGAGGGGAGAAGAGCGGGAAUAUGAUAUGCAUGGUAUCUCCUUUGGUUAAAACGAUUUUCGUAUUGCUCGUUGCAGGAAUUAGACAUGGGAAAGAGGAAGUCGAAGGCAAAGCCACCACCGAAGAAGAGAAUGGACAAGCUGGAUACUGUAUUCAGUUGUCCCUUCUGCAAUCACGGAACAAGUGUCGAGUGCCGCAUUGAUAUGAAGAACAUGAUCGGUGAAGCUUCGUGCGGUAUCUGUCAAGAGAGUUUCAGCACCACCAUCUCAGCUUUGUCUGAACCAAUUGAUGUAUACAGCGAAUGGAUUGAUGAGUGUGAACGAGUCAAUAACCCUGACGAUGAUGGUGCCUGAAAGAGCAGGCAAGUUCUACUGCUGGAACUAUGUUUGGCAUUCACCGACUGCAGCAGGCGUAUAAACCUUGCUUCCUAAGGCUUGAAAGUUUAUGUUGUAAGCUUGUAACUAUAGUGGGAGUUCUUUCCUGGUAAUGCAUAGGAGUGCGGAUGAAUAUGCCUUGUGGGUAGCCUCUUAUCUGGUGUUAUAUUUGUCUUCUAUGUCUUAAACCUUAUAAGAUAGCAGGUUGUUAGCAUCUAAGAUCUGCAUAGUUCUGCUGAUAAAAAGAGAACUGAUAC